AUGACGCCUUUUCCCGUGGAUCCACGGCUCCGUCGUGAAGGCUCCAGAAAGUGGAUGCGAAUUGCGCUGGCGUUAGAGUCAUUGUCGCCCAAAAAAAAAAAAAAUAUCACAGGCAGCAAAAAUUUCAUCAGAUAG